GAUGUCACCUGAAGCUGGGCAAAGGGGAGGUGGUGAUGUUCCGCCUCCAUCAUAGUCCGACUGCUUUAGGGGAAGUUGUUCGUCGAUUCGUCUGUAAACACUCGUCUUUCACCACAGAUAAUAUACAUGGCCAGAAAAACGUGUCGUCUUCAGUGAAAACGUGGCAGUACUAUGCAGAGCAGCGCCUACAUGACGCUUUUCUACAGAUGUUCAGGAUUUUUAGUGGAUUUUAAAUCGUCGUCAGGACAGUGAAGCUUCCGCGGAAGGAUACAGAGCAACGAGAUGGGAAAAAUGAUACUGAUGGCGCUUCUGCUGGUUUACCUGCCGACAGAGCUGCUCUCCAUCCAGGUGAACGUUCCAGAGACUGAGAGGUUUACGACUCUGUUUGCCUCUGUGAUUCUGCGCUGCGACUACUCCACUUCAGCGAACCCUCAGGAUGUCCUGGUCACCUGGAGAUACAAAUCCUUCUGUAAAGACCCAGUGCUUGAUUACUACUCCACAGCCUAUCAGGCCGCUCUGCAGCUGGGUCAGGACCCGUCCAAUGACUGCCCAGACCGCCAGCGCACAGUUCGCACAGUGGUGCAGAAGAGAGGCCUUAAUGAGCCCAUACUGGGAGCAGACUACAGAGAACGCAAAAUUACCAUUCAAAACAAGGCUGACCUGGUCAUCAAUGAGGUGAUGUGGUGGGAUAAUGGUGUGUACUACUGCAAUAUUGAUGCACCUGGUGACACGACAGGGGACCCGGAUCGUGAAGUUAAACUCAUUGUGUACCACUGGCUGACCGUCCUGUUAAUCAUCAUCGGUGCCCUCCUGCUCAUCAUGCUCUUCUGCAUAUGUUGCUGUCAGUGCUGCCCGCAGAAGUGCUGCUGCUAUGUCCGCUGCCCGUGUUGUCCACAGACAUGCUGCUGCCCGGAAAAAGCUGUGAUGCAGCACCGGAUGAUGCGACAGGCUCAGAAGGCUAUGGCUCCUUGGAUGCACGGCCAACCCAUUUAUGCUACCAUUAGCUCCAAUGCCUCCUCUCAGGGUGUCCCCAUACUGUAUUCAGGCUCGUACUCGGACCACCCUGUCAAACAGAACUUUGCCAUGGCUCCCAUGCAGCUGUCACCCAUGGCCCUGCAGCAGCAGCCCCCUCCUCCUCCUCCUCACCAUUACCACAUGAACGGCAGUGUGCAUAGCAGUGUUCAAGGCACCAACCAGGUGUUGGACUACCUGGAGAACCAGGUGAGGGGGCUGGAUGCAGGACCACCUCCAAUGGCUUCACGUGUUGUCCAAAAUAUGCCGCCAUUACAGUCUCAUCCUCAGCCCCAGCAGGCUCCUCCCGCAGUUCCCUACAGUCCCGGGCCUCCGAGUAUGUUGUCAGCCCUGGAUGACAUGGGGGUGAGAGGGAUCGAGAGAAGGGUGAUCACCCUUCCUCCUAUCAUCCAGCGCGGACCCAGCUUUUCCUCACGCAGGGGGCCUGGAGGUGGAGAGGGAGUCAGGGGUGUCCCCAGAAUGUCUAGCCAGUCCAGUGGGAGCACAAUCCCCUCGGAAAGGGGCGUCCACAGAGACAGUCGUAGAUACAGAGACGUCUCUCCUCCCAGGCGGGGGAUCUUGCGUGAUUACAGCGACGACUCCGACUGGGAUAACAGGCGAGGGAGAGCGCCACACAGGGGCUCGAGAAAUGAGAGAGGAAGCUCAGCAGGGAGGAGAGGAGGUGGGUCCAGGCCACGAACCCACAGUCGUGAUGACCUGAUGGAGGAGCUGCACAGCAGAGCAGCACGGAGGGAGAGGAGCUACUCACCUCCUCAGCGUCGCAAAGGGUCCUGGAGCUCAGAUGAAGAGGACAACAGGAGAAGAAGGGGAGGGAAAGGGAAGGAUUGGCCAGAGAAGCCCCCUAGCUACAACUCCAUUGAGAUCCAGCCUGGACACGGUAACGGGCAAAGGAACUACAACCAUCUUUAUAAGUUCCCAUAGCAGCACCAGCGUAGUCAUCUGAAGCAUUUCUUUCUUUUUGUUUUUUUCCUGAAUGUUUCCACAACGGUGAAAAUGAAGACAGACACUAGCUUAAAGGAUGGGUUUGCAGUUUUUCAAGUGUUUUCCAAAACAAUAGUCAGGUGCCCAAAU